UAGUGUAUUUCCAUCACAGCAUUUUCUAUUUUUGAAUUGUAAAAUGAUGAACUGGAUUUUGCUUGCGUUCGUGCCGGUAAUUCUAGGGGCAACCGACCCGACCCCUAAAACUCUGUAUACCAUGACGACAGACGUUUUCCCUGCGUUUUGUAGUCUAAUACGGAAUCCCAUUCUUGGUCCAGAUGCUGGCAACCCGAUAUAUGACUUAGUGUACAGCUCCUUUUCACCCAAUCCACGCCAAACCGACCCAAUAAUGAGAGUGGAGGGUGUUACAAAGAAAUACUUGGACGCCAGCCAAAUGGGAGCAAAUGACAUCACUGAUGAACUGUCUUGGCCAAAUGAAGUGGCAGCAGUACCAGACAAUAUAUUCGCGCUUCCUCAAGUUUGGUGGGCGGCAAGUGGCUUUUUCAUGACUGGUAAAGAUGAUGGUGAAGUGGCGCUUAUGAGCAUGACGGAUAUGACGUACGGCAAAGCAACACCAGUUACCAUUUCCUCAAACCCGACUGGAAUUCUCUGGUAUUACCAUCGAGUUGAAUGGCAUGAUAUGAACCAGGAUGGAUGCACAGACGCAGUUACUGCAAGAUCAAAUGGUGGAGGACCUGCGGCUAACUACACGCAACUUGUGUGGUUUGAGAACCCGUGUUCCACUCAAUUGACUCCAAAUUGGGAUGUUCACGUCCUCACUGAGAACGUCGAAGAUGUCUACUUCAGAUUGCACUUAAUGACGCUACCUAGCGGGGAAGAAACCACCGCAGUUAUAAGCAGUGGAUUUUACAGUCACCUACUGACUGUAGUGUGGAGCAAUACAAAUGACUGGACCGAUGUAUCUUCCAUUCAAACUGUGGUAAUCGACAACUACGGUUGGUAUUUCGAUGUUGAAAUGGUUGAUGUCAACAUGGACGGGAAACUCGAUAUUUUGACAUCAACUUGGAGCCAGACUGGCUUGCCAGGCGCUGUGAUUGCUUAUGAAAUGCCAGAUGGUGACUGGACGACUGAACCAUGGACAAGACACAUCUUGCAAGACGGGUACAAGUCAUUCAUUAUGGCUGGUUCUGGAUCUCCAGGAACUGCCAACGCAUUUUGGCCAUCGACUGCUUCAACAGGCAAGCCGUUCAUAAUGGUAUCUGGAGACGACGAUGGUAAUGCUUAUGUUCUGACGGCUGACUCUGAAGACGCCAAUCAAUGGUCUUACUCCCAAACUACAAUUUUCAAAGGGACAGGAACAGUAGGAGGUAUUGCAGUAGGAGACGUGGACGGUGAUGGUUUCAUGGAAGUCUUCAUUCCAGCUUAUACGAUGAAGGAGAUCACUGUCAUGACGUAUAAUCUUCAAUAAAAGGAAUGACGAAAUAAAAUUAAUUAAUCG